AGUACGUGUACGUGUAUACCCUGGGGAAAUUUGUUGGUCACUUCGUUGGUUGCGUGCCUACCGCGUAUGAGAAAUGAAGAAAGAAUUAUGUGAAGCGGUGAGGAGAGGUGGUAUUCAGUCAGCAACGCGUCUUUGGAGAUGGGUGUUGAUAUUAAUACCUGUGGCGAGCGUGGUAACACUCUUUUGAUGCGAGGGUGUAGGAAUAAGAAGAAGGAGAUGGUUGAGUUUCUAUUCAUUAAAUCAGCAGAUGUUAAUGGGACUGGCAUGUUGGGAUGUACAGCUUUGAUUGUAUGUGCAAUCAUUGGAUCAGAAGACAUCACUGAUCUACUGCUGAAUGUCAAAGAUGUUAAUGUGAUGAAGGGAAAUAUUAAGGGAUGGACAGCCAUACAUUUUGCUGCAAUUUUGAAUCAUGUGAUCAUCGUAGAGAGACUUCUGUCUUUUCUGUUCCUGUUGAUAUCAAUGAUAACAGUGGUCGUACACCACUAUGGUUUGCUGCCCGUGAUGGUGAUGUGUGCUGUGUUGAUGUUCUCCUAAAACAUGGAGCGAGUCCCCAACAUGAGAGUAUGCGUGGAUCACCACUGGAGAUUACUAAGGAACAGGGUCACAGCGAUGUGGUUGAGAUGAUGGAAGAAGCCAUGAAAUUGACAUCUCAUCCUUAUGUGGAGGGUCAUAUGUCUGUCAUGAGACAUCAAUACCAACAGAAAAUUGCUGAACUGCAGUGCGAGAUUAUUCGUCUCCGAACAGCAGCAGCUGAUAAAAACUUAUCAUACUUGCUGUCAGUGUUCUGGCUUGUGAUCGGUGGAGUGAUAUUGGACUGGUGCUAGGCUACACAAUGUCGUUUCUCAUUGCACACACUGCAUCCAUUGCUGACCCUUGCAGCAAGCUACAUGCUAUACUGAGAACGAAAGCCGAAUCUGUUGGUGCUAGCAAUGUUGUUCCUAUCAUUCUGUCUGCUUGCCAGCAGAUUUCUACGCCAAUUUGUGCUGCUGCAGUAAGAGAUGAGGUGGAUAAACGUCAAGAGAGACUGAAAACACAUUAGAUAUAUAAUUGACUUUGUCACUCUGUUGUUUGUAUAGCUAAUCAUAUGGUGUAGCACAAUGACGUCUUUCUUCAAUCUUAGUUAUCUGUACUGCUAGGUGCUUUGUUGCUUAGUUUUCACAUUAAUGUCUAGAUGUUG